CCCUGUGACGCAAUGCGCCUUCAGGGGAAGCCCGCCAGCUGGGCAAGUGUCUCAGCUGGGCGCCAGAUCCGCUUGUGCGGCCGGAGGUUCGGCGCCUGUUUUGACGACCCCCAGGGGAAGACGCGUGUCGCUGCCAAAGCCCAUAAACAGAGCUGGAAAAUGCCCGGCUGCCGCGCCUUGGAGCGGCUUACCGUGCCGCUGCUGCCCUUGUCUUUGGGGGUCUUGCUGGGCCUGGCCCCCGGCAUCUCCCCGCUUGACAACGGGCUGCUGAGGACGCCCCCGAUGGGCUGGGAGCCCUGGCUGCGCUUCAAGUGCAACACGGACUGCGCGAAGGACCCCGAGAACUGCAUCAGUGAGCACCUGAUCAAGGCCAUGGCAGACCGGCUAGCUGUGGACGGGUGGAAGGAGCUGGGCUACGAGUAUGUCACCCUGGAUGACUGCUGGGCAGCUGGCAAGCGGGACGUCCGCGGGAGGCUCCAGGCAGACCCCCAGAGGUUCCCCAGUGGGAUGAAGGCCCUCGCUGACUAUGUUCAUUCUAAAGGCCUGAAAUUCGGCAUCUAUAGCGACUUGGGUAACGCCACCUGUGCAGGUUAUCCGGGCACAACCCUGGAUACUGUGGAGACGGAUGCAAACACCUUUGCAGAAUGGGGAGUCGACAUGCUAAAGCUGGAUGGCUGCUUCUCCGACUCCUCCCUCAAAGCCAUAGGCUACCCCAAAAUGAGCAGAGCGCUGAACCAAACUGGGCGGCCCAUCGCCUUGUCUUGCAGUUGGCCAGCUUACGAAGGGGGUCUUCCUCCAAAGGUGAAUUAUACCUUACUGGGCCAGAUUUGUAACUUCUGGAGGAAUUACGCUGAUAUUGAAGAUACCUGGGACAGCCUCUUCCACAUCAUUGAGUGGUACGGAGACAACCAGGAUAUCCUGCAGCCGGCUUCGGGGCCUGGAAGGUGGAAUGACCCCGACAUGGUGAGACCCUCUGCCUUACCUCCUGCCCAGGCUGCAAGCCCAGGGAAGAGUUCGGGGUCUGAUGGCCACUCCUCGGGGACCCUGAAGGCCGCCUGGCAUCCUGUCUCCUUCCAGCUGAUCGUCAGCGACUUUGGCCUGAGCCAUGAGCAGUCAAAGGUGCAGGCGGCGCUGUGGGCGAUCCUGGCAGCCCCCUUCUUCAUCUCCUGCAAUCUGAGGAACAUCUCGGAGGAGGCCAAGGACAUGCUGCAGAACCCGCUCCUGAUUUACAUUAACCAGGACCUGAGGGGAGUUCAAGGCAGGCUCCUUGCCAGGAAGCAGAACUUUGAAGUCUGGAAGAGGCCCCUGGUCAAUGGCCAGUAUGCGGUCGCAGUCCUAAACAACAGAACUGAUGGGGCCCCACAGUCAUUUGCCACAACUCCCAGCCUCCUGGGAAUCUCGGAUUGCAGAGCAGGCUACAGGCUCUACGAUGUGCUGGGCAAGUUGUCCAUGGGCAUUUACGCCUCCAAUGACACCAUCAGUGCCAAGGCCACAUUCAGCUUCCGCUUGGAGACUCGGAGGGAGGCGGCCAGCAGAGCCAGCAAAGGGUCUGAGAAGCAGCCGUGUUGUGCAAGAAUAUAUCUCUUAUUUAAGUGGAGGAAGACCACAACAGCAAUAAAUAACCCUGAAGAUCUCCCUGCUCCAACACCCACCUCUGUGGCUACCACUUCAGUGUGCAGAAGCUGCCAAUUUGGGGUCUCAAUGCGCCAUUUUGCAGUUGCCCAUCAAAAGAUGGAGGGCAACCUGGAGGCUCCUUGAAAGACCUGUUGCCACAUGACUAAUGCGAGCACCUUCUGGGGAGUGUUGCAGUUCUCUGAUUGUGCUUUGUGGGAAUUUGACAAAUCCUAGAAUCCUUUACAGCACCUGGGUUUCCACAGGGAAAGAGGUCAAUAUGAGAAACAAUCUUUUGCAUGCAGUAUCGGAGGGGUUGGUACACAAAGUAGUCAGAGUAGGAUUAGCCUUUUACUUAAUAUCUUCUGGCUAAAUGGCAAAAGUUCAAAUGGUGUAGAAAAUUAUAGGUUGUCUUCUUGGUAAACCAACUGAGUUGUUAAUUUGGUGAUUAUAUUUAUAUGAGACACCCAAAAUCAAUUUGGAAAUGAUGACUAAUAUAUUAAUGAUAACCAAAUAUAUAAUUGCAAAAUGUAUCCGGUCUAAAUGAUUUGUUAAUUGCAUUUAUGCAUGAGACUGUUACAAUGAAACUCGCACCACUUCUUGUAAUCGUUAAACUGGAAAGUCUGUUGAUAAGUGCACAGCUUCCUGUUCAUAGUGGCACCUGUAGCAUUGGCAGCUCCCUCUCUCCUCUCUCCCCCCUCCCCCACUCAGCCUUCCAGGGGGCCACCAAGAUGGGCUUUUUGCCAGGUGCUGGGGGGCAUCCCUGGGAGAUGAAGGAGGCGCCAGGCUGUGUUGUGUUUUACGAUUGUUUAGGGUUUUUAUUGUUGUGAGCUGUGAGCAGAGUUCUGUUUUUAAGAUGGCCAGCCAUGUGACUCUUUAAAAUAAAUAAAUUAAAAUCAACCCAUUUUGCACGUGAUUUGGAGACCCAGAAGGCACAUACUGAAAGAAACCACUGCAC